UCUUAUUGUUUUUGGAAGUGUAAACACUCCGCACUGAAUACUUCCGGGUCAUAUUUUUAGAUCUGCGGUUUCUUUCUUUGAAAAAAAGACCAGAAUGUCAGCCCCAGAAGUGCCAUUGAAGAUAGAUGAAAAUGAGGAAAGUGUUGAUAAUAUCUCAGUUUCAUCAACAAGUGAUACUGGAGAAAAAUUAUCAUUAAAUGAAGUGGCUCCAUCAGGAGAGCCUAAGGCAGCCCCUCUGAGGACACUGAAUCUGAAUGGCCAUGUUGGUUUUGACAGCCUCCCAGACCAAUUGGUCAAUAAGUCAAUCAGUGGAGGUUUCUGUUUUAAUAUCCUAUGUCUUGGAGAGACAGGUAUUGGAAAGUCCACCAUGAUGGAUACUUUAUUUAAUACUCAUUUCGACUCUACUCCCAGUACACAUGAUUUACCUGGUGUAAAACUGAAGGCCAGUACAUACGAAUUACAAGAAAGCAAUGUGAGACUGAAGUUGACCAUCUGUGACAGUGUUGGUUUUGGGGACCAAAUAAACAAAGAAGACAGCUGGAAGCCAUUAGUUGAUUACAUAGACAGCCAGUUUGAAGUAUAUCUACAGGAGGAGCUAAAGAUCAAAAGAUCUCUUCAUAACUUCCAUGACACUCGUAUCCAUGCCUGUCUCUACUUUAUUGCACCAACAGGUCACUCACUGAAGGCAUUGGAUCUUGUAACAAUGAAGAAAUUAGACAGUAAAGUGAACAUUAUCCCAGUGAUAGCUAAGGCUGAUACCAUUACUAAAGCUGAACUACAGAAGUUUAAAGCUAAGAUCAUGACAGAACUUAUGUCUAAUGGUGUACAGAUAUACCAGUUCCCUACUGAUGAUGAAACUGUAGCUGAUACUAACAAAGUUAUGAAUUCCCAUUUACCCUUUGCUGUAGUAGGCAGUAGUGAUGAAAUAAAACUUGGAAACAAGAUGGUGAAAGCUAGACAGUACCCAUGGGGAACAGUACAAGUUGAAAAUGAAAAUCAUUGUGAUUUUGUCAAACUGAGAGAAAUGCUGAUCAGAACAAAUAUGGAGGACCUAAGAGAGAGCACCCAUAAAACUCAUUAUGAAUUGUACAGAAGGAACAAACUACAGGAUAUGGGUUUCUCAGAAUCAGAAUCUCAAAGUCUGUCUGAGACAUAUGAACUGAAAAGACAACAACACUUAACUGAACUGAGCAGGAAAGAAGAAGAGAUGAGACAAGCUUUCGUUAUCAGAGUGAAAGAAAAGGAAGCUCAUCUUAAAGAUACAGAAAAAGAGCUGCACGACAGGUUUGAUGCAUUGAAGAAGAAACAUGCAGAAGAAAAGAAGAAAUUAGAGGACAGUAGGAAGAGAUUAGAGGAUGAAGUUAAUGCUUUCAAUGACAGAAAGGUGGCCUACCAACAGCACUCAUCUACCCUGGGCAAAAAAGGAAAACGAUAAACAUUACAUUACAAUACAAAUUAUAGUACUGCCAAAACUGUAAAGUUACUGAUAUUAUAGGUACAAAAACCUUCAAUAAGUUGUAGUGUAGAAAAAUGAAGAAGUUGGCGUCGUAGAUGGCAAUAUUCUGAAUUGAAGUAAACUUUAAAAUGGGUUUUUGUUUAAGGAGAGAUUUCUUCUUCUUCUAUUUUAGAGUUAAUGAAGAUUAAGCUAAGUCUUCAGAAAUGUUUUAUUAAGUGAAAAGAAAUGUAUGAAAAAUUAUUACAGGGCAAGAAUUGUUAACAUUUUUUUGCUUUCACUUAGAAAAUGAAUUUAGAAUAGAAUCUUUGAAUGAUUGAGCAUUUCCCAGAUUUAGGCUGCUAUAUAAAGUUUUACUUGUGCAAUUAAUGAAACAAAACCUACGGUACUAAAGUCUUGCCAUUAGAUCAAAUACAAAGCAAUCAUGAUUGUAUUGUGUCAAUAAAACUUUUUAAAUGUUAUCCACCACUUAGUAUUUCAGCAUUGAUAUUGUACUUAUAUUUUAAAUGUUAGUUAUGUAUAAGUAGUCUUCAUGUAUUGUUUUAUUCCUUAUACUCUGAUGUAUAUUUGAACUUAUUUUCUAUACAUUUUUUACUAUUUAAAUCACUGACCCAUUGCAAAAAAUGACAAAAUUAAACUUCCAUGGACAAAUAAUUUCAGGGGGGAUAACUCCAGAUCUUCUGUAAAAAAAUAUUGAAAACAUGUUUGGUUUAAAGAGAGGAGUGCAUAAUUUAACACUUUUAAAUGUGUCAAAAUCAAAUUGAUUUUAUUGAAUCUCAGUUUCUAAUUUAUAUGUGCUGUCUUUUGUUUUAAGUGUAUACAUGAUGCUAACUAGGUUGUUUAGCAUAAUAAUAUUAUAUAAAAUUGAUCAUGUAUGUAAUCAAUUUAUUUAUUAAUAUUUCCUUACUUAUUAAUGUAAUUUUGUGUAUAGUACAUGUAUAAAAUGGUUAGUGAAUAAGAAUAUUAUGAAUUCCAUAUGUUUUUGGCUUUCUUUAUGGAUUUUUAAAUUAAUUUUCUGUUUAAGAUGAAAAGGUCUUUAAUUUCUUUCUCUUCUAAUAGUUAUGUUACCAUAUUGUUGACAAUCUUUGAUGUCUUAGUUUUAGUGCUUAUUCUAAAAGGACCAGUUUUCACAGCUUUCACGUCUCAUCUCCAAAACCAUUUGCAUUUAUAAAUGUUUGUCUUGUCCAGUAUAAACUUUUACUAUGCAAAUUUAACAUGUGUCAAUGUAUUUCUAAUUUGUGCUGAUGUUUUUGUAUGCAUUUUGUAUCUAGUCACUAUAGCUUUUGUUUAAAACAAACAAAAAAAAUAUCA